AUGCUUUCUUUCUUUCUUUCUUUCAAUCUCUGCUCUUUCUUUCUUUCUUUUUUCUUUCAAUCUUUCAAUGUUUCUUUUUUCUUUCUUUCUUUCUUUUUUCUUUCUUUCAAUCUAUGCUCAAUGUUUCUUUUUCUUUUUUCUUUCUUUCUCAAUGUUUCUUUCAAUCUUUCUUUUCUUUCUUUCUUUCUUUUCUUUCUUUCUUUCUCUUCUUUUUUCUUUCUUUCUUUUCUUUCAAUCUAUGCUCAAUUUUCUUUCAUUUUUUUCUUUCUUUCUUUCAAUCUUUCUUUUCUUUCUUUUUUCUUUUUCAAUCUCUUCUUUCAUUCUUUUCUUUCUUUCUUUCAAUUCUCAAUGUUUCUUUCAUUCUUUCUUUUCGUCUUUCACAAUCUUUCUUUUUUCUUUCUUUCUUUCUUUCUUUCUUUCUUUCUUUCUUUCAAUCUAGAUUCUAAUGUUUCUUUCAUUUUUCUUUCUUUCUUUUUUUCUUUCAAUCUUUGCUCAAUGUUUCUUUUCUUUCUUUCUUUCAAUCUUUCUUUCUUUCUUUCUUUCUUUCUUUCUUUCUUUCAAUCUAUGCUCAAUGUUUCUUUCUUUCUUUCUUUCAAUCUCUGCUCAAUUUUCUUUCUUUCUUUCUUUCUUUCUUUCAAUCUCUUCUCAAUGUUUCUUUCUUUCUUUCUUUCUUUCUUUCUAUGCUUUUUCUUUCUUUCUUUUUCUUUCAAUCUUGCUCUUUUCUUUCUUUUCUUUCUUUCUUUCUAUGCUCAAUCUUUUCAUUUUUCUUUCUUUCUUUCUUUCUUUCAAUUUUCUUUCUUCUUUCUUUCUUUCAAUCUAUGA